CAGACCUCCUUCUCUCUUUUUAAUAAUAAUAGGCAUCGUGCUGCUUUUCCAGGUUCACAAGAUAGUUAACAAUGUUUAGACAUACCCAGAAAUUUCGCACCUCAGACGACAUGUUAGUGAAAGUUCCAGGCAGAUGGAUGCGGUUUCUGAAGUUUGUCACCACUUUAGUUGCAAGCACCGCUACGACACCCAAAAUAGUUCCUAUCGACCACCCUAUGCGGCUAUUUAAGAACGUUUUGGACUGGGUACAAAUACACGAACUCGAGGCACAUCAGGAACUAUUUCCUCAGGAAGAUGGACCGAAAAUUUGCGAUAAUCCAGUGGAUGUCGUGCUCUAUAUGGCGCAGUUGUCCUUCGAAGAUAUAAAGUUGUUCACCAAGCUACCCAGUCACGAGCUUUUCGCUACCAUGAACGUUGCUGGACAUCUUGGAUGCACAGAGAUGCAACAGAUGGCCCGGAUCUAUAUAGAGUAUACGACACGGCACCUCAAUUUCAAAGAGCGUUCCAAGUUCUUUGCUAAGCAGAUUGAGAUCAGCAAGGAGGAUGACUGGGCACUGGAUUAUGACUGGGAGCUGCAACAGGAGAUUAAUAAUCUCAAAGUGCGCCAUUACUAUGAGGUGUAAUAAGCACAUAAUAUUGGUUUCUAGCAUUCACAGCGCAAAACCUCAAUAGAAAUCAUUGGUAUGGAGAAACGAGCCUCUUUGGAAGAGCGACAAAAAAAAUCGAUUCUUAUCAAUUCGUUCAAGCACACAAGCAAGUAACAAAAGCUUUUACGAACCAAACAGUAACUAAAUUAAAUGUUUUGGCAAUCCUUGCGUUUAAGCAAUGUAUUCAAUGUACAUACAAUUAAAUUUAUGUAUCCGUCAAACUAUAAUUAAACUGCAUUAUCCACGAACAGUUUUUUUAAGUUA